AUGGCAUAUCGUUCCACUUCUUGCCCGUCUACACCGGAUCAGCGUUCUCCUGCCGAAGCCUUCCUGGGACGCCGACUACGAACGGAACUCGAUCUAAUGUUACCUUUUAGAGAUCUCACAAACAGUACACGAAAUGUCAAAAUGGAAUCUCAGUUCAGUCGUCCAAAUGGAGCACGAUGCCGCGGCUUUGAGAUCAACGACGCGAUUUUUGCCAAGGAAUGUCGAGGACAGAAACCUACUUGGACUCCCGGUUUCAUCGCAUGCCGUGUUGGAAACACAACUUACACUGUUCGCUAUGGACACGAAGUAUGGACUCGGCUCGUAAACCAGUUGCGAUUCGCGGCACAACACCGUCUAACACUUUCUCGGAUGUGUUCGACCUAG